AUGUACUCAAAUAAGAACAGAGAUCAAUCAAUUGCAGAUCAAAAUACAGACAAUAAUCAAAGUAAUACUAUUCCUGGUGAUGAGAAACCAAUAGAACAAGAAGAAUCUGUUGAAACCGAAGCAUUAAAAAAUAGUCAAAUGGGUUGCGGAUCAACAAAAGAAAACGAUGCAAAUGAUAAUGACUCUAACAAAAAAUCAAUACAAAAAAUUGGUCAGUCACAACUUCAACAACCGUCUAGCAAUGACAGAAUGGAUAGUGAUGAAGAUUGUCACAAUAAAGCAUCAAAAGUAACAGGAUAG